AUGGACAUCCGCAGCUUCUUCGCGCCAAAGGCCGGCAGCGCGCCCAAGCCCGACGCGGCCAAGUCCCCCGGCCCGACCAAGGCUUCGCCCAAGAAGGCCAUGCCCAAGAAGGAGCCUGCGCCGACGCGCGCGAGGAAGGCCAAGGCCGACGCCGAGCCCGCCCCGCCGGCCAAGUCGUCGCGCAAGGUCAUCGAGCUCGACUUGGACUCGGACGCCGAGGAAGUCCAGCCCAUCAAGAAGGCCAAGGUCGUCGAGCCCAUUACUGAGAAGAAGGACGCGCCGGCGAAGAAGGAAGCGAAGAAGGCCGCGCCGGCGACGAAGGAGAUGGCCAAGCAAGCCGCAGCCAAGGAAGAGGCACUGGACUUGCCAAAAGGUAGAGUACGCGUGCCCGACGGCAAGCCCGGUUGCUUGGAAGGGCUCACGUUUGCCUUCUCGGGCGUGCUCUCGAGUUUGCCGCGCGACGAGGCCGAGAUGGUGGUCAAGCGCUACGGCGGGUCGGUGGCGUCGUCCGUGACGCGCAACGUCAAGUACCUCGUCGCCGGCGAGCUCCUUGAGUCGGGCGACUCGGUCUCCGUGAGCUCCAAGUUCAAGGACGCAGUCGCCAAGUCGAUCAAGAUUCUCAACCAAAAUGACUUUUUCAACUUGAUCUCGGAGCGCGCCGAGCGCAUGACCCACAAGCCCAAGUCGAUGGCCGACAUCAUCGGCAACGGCGAGCUCGCCAAGCGCCUCAUCCAAUGGCUCCGGGACUUUGACGCGGUCCAUGUCAAGGGCACGAAGAAGGUGCCUUACAACCCCAAGAUGACCGAGAACAUGGGCGCGAAGACUGUGCUUCUCUCGGGCCCGCCUGGCAUUGGCAAGACGACGCUCGCCGCCUUGGCGGCUGCCGAAGUCGGCAUGGACAUCCUCGAGCUCAACGCGAGUGAUGCGCGCUCCAAGAAGACGCUGCAGUCGGGCCUCGCCGAUAUCGUGGGGACGCAGGCGCUCUCGUUUGGCGGCUCGGCCACCAAGAUGGGGCUCAAGAAGCGGCUCAUCGUGAUGGACGAGGUCGACGGCAUGAGCUCGGGCGACCGGGGCGGCAUGGCGGAGCUCAUUGCGAUCAUCAAGAAGAGCAAGGCGCCGAUCGUGUGCAUCUGCAACGACCGGCAGUCGCCAAAGGUCCGGUCGCUCGCCAACCACGCGCUCGACCUUAAAUUCCGUCGGCCGACAAAGACACAGAUCGCGACGCGGCUCCUCGCGAUCGGCGCAGCGCAAGGCAUGCGCAUCGAACGCAACGCGCUGGAAGAAGCGGCCGAGCGCUUUGGCAACGACAUUCGACAAUUGCUCAAUUGGAUGCAAAUGUGGAACCGGUCCAAGACCGUCAUGACGUACGAUGACGUCAUGACGCACUUUUACCAGUCGGAAAAGGACGAGGUGCUGCGGCUCAACCCGUUUAGCGCCACGCAAAUCAUCUUCAAGAGCGGCGCGUCGUUCGAGGCCCGCAACGAAGCGUAUUUCGUCGACUACGACCUCAUGCCGCUCAUGGUCCAAGAAAACUACAUGCAAAGCAUCCAGAGCAAGCGCACGUCGUCGGACGAGAAGCUCGAUGACAUUACUCUGGCAGCCGAUAUGAUUGCCGAGAGCGACCUCGUCAGCGUCUACAUUCGCAAGGAGCAGCGCUGGGACCUCUUGACCAAGCAAGCCGCGCUCAACGUCGGCGCGUGUACGUAUGCCGAAGGCUUUGUGGGCCGCCCCGAGUUCUCCCGAUGGAUGGGCAAGAACUCGUCGACCAACAAGGCCAAGCGACUCCUCAGCGAGCUCUCGAUCCGCAUGCGCAGCCAUGCGUCCGGCGCCCGGAACGCCAUUCGGAUGGACUACAUUCCGUUCAUGAAGGAGAUUCUCUUGACGCGACUCCUCGCCGGCGACGAGAGCAUGGACGAGGUCAUCGAUAUGCUCGAUGCGUGCGAGAUCAGCAAGGAUGAUUUGACCGAGUCCAUGGAGCACUUCAAGUUCCCGGGCGUCGUGCGGCACUCGUACGCCGAGCUCGAUACAAAGGCCAAGAGUGCGUUCACGCGCAAGUACAACAAGGGUGUGCACAAGUCGCAGGCGCUUGUCGAAGCGAACCUCGCGGCCAACCCGGCAAAGAAGAAGACGUCCAAAAAGGUCGCGGCAGACGACGACGGUCUCGGCGACGACGACGGUCUCAUGGCCGACGACGGUGACAAUGACGACGACGACGACGAUGUGUCGCAGUUUCAAAAGAAAGCGCCCGCCAAAGCCGCGGGCAAGGCGCCUGCGAAGCGCAAGGGCAAGGAGCCCGCAGGGUCGGCGCCCAAGCGCGCGCGGGCACCGGCCAAGAAGAAGUAAACACAAGAUAUACAGUGCUGUAAGAAGAAACGUAGUACGAGAACAAAG